AUGCCGCCAGCGUCGGGCACGAUUGUCCAUCCCGACCCGGCGGCCGCGCAGCACGUGCUCACCGCCACGACGGCCUCCCACUCGGGCUUUCCACAAACAUCACCGCACGCGCAUACGUUGCCGCCCGCCCGUUGGAGUCUCACGCAACGGCUCUUUAACUUCUCGCCUUUCUCGCCUGCUCGCGUCCCGCAACCGCCGCUCCAACAAGCCCCCUCUGCCGCCCCGCUCGCUGCUGCCGCCCGUCGCGGCGCGCCCGCCUCCCGUCUUUUAAACCCGCUCAAUUCGUCGCCGCGAACCCCCGUCUCCGCGCCAUCGACAGCCCAAGGACGCAACAACUCGUUACCGCCAGGACCUAAUAUCCCCAUAGCGACCGAUCUGCCCCCGCCGCCCACCGCUGAGGAAGGCCGCGACGUAUACCCGCUGCUGCCUCUACCCGACCCGCACCGCCAGAGCAGGGCUCACAGCAGUCUCGCCGUCGAACCUGGAGAUAGCGCACGAGCCAGCGUCGGUCUGCCGAGCGGACGCCGCAGCCUGCUCCUCGAGCGACAGAAGCCGGACGACGAACGGCCCAUAUCCCCGGGCGUGACGAGCAAGAAAUUCGGAAAGAGUCCGGCCUUCGCCAUGGAUGCCCCUACCGCCGCGAAGAUAGCGGGCCUCGACCCGUCGCCGCGUGACGAUAGGCCUACGAGCAUCAUCCUGAACCCAGACGACCCGGAGGCCGGCCAUCGCCUGCACCACACGGCCUCGCGCGUCACCAUGCCACACGACACGUUCCGCUCGCGCCAGCCGUCGGCCGUGUCGUUCCCAGAGGCGCCGUCCGAGGCCGGUGGCAUGGACGAGGACGAGUACGCGUGGGGCCCGUCGCACCCGUGUUUCCCGCACCUCAAUCCGCACGUCCCCGUCAACUCGCCGCUGUACAGCACUACGCGCAUCAUCCGCAUCAAGCGCGACUGGAUGAUCGCGGGCGAUCUGGCGCCGACCUUUGCAAACCUGUACCCUGAGGUGCUCGACCCGUUCAUCACCGAGGAUCAGUUCCGAAAGAUCAUCAAGAGGAUCAACACGCAGUUGCAGGCGGCCUUCGACCCGUACACGACGCGCGCAUGGGUUGAUGCCAUUAUGGGUGCGGCGACGCUGUGGCUGUGGGAGGAUUUGGGUCUCACGGGGGUAAAGAAGGCGCUGAAGGAGUUGGAGGACUGGAUUGAUGAGUGGAACCGGAACGAGGGAGCGAAGGAGGGCGUCAAGAUCAUUCCGCUGAGGAGAACAGGUUAUUUGACGCUCGACAUCCAGAUUCCAGACCCCCACAUCGGCCUCGAGCAGUCCACUGCCUCAAUACGAUCCAGGCCUACUACCGGCGCAAUCAACUCGAGCGGCGCACCUCAAUUGCCUCAUAUCACGGCAUAG